CCCUAGACUCCCUAGAUUUAAGACUGGGAUUCGAACUAAGCACCACUUUUUCUAUAGAGUCCAACUAUGGCGAUGGGUGUGGAAUGCGUGGGUUGGGCAGCUCGGGAUCAAUCUGGAGUUCUCUCGCGCCACGAGUUCUCUAGGAGAGCGAUAGGAGACGAUGACAUUUGUUUCAAAAUCACCCACUGCGGGAUCUGUUACGCUGAAGCCGUGUGGCUUUUCAACAAGCUUGGCGACACCAAAUAUCCCAUCGUUCCUGGACACGAGAUUGUAGGCGUGGUGGCAGAGGUGGGCUCCAAUGUGACACGCUUCAAGGUUGGCGACCGCGCUGGCGUUGGAGCUUACUGCCGCUCCUGUGGCUCUUGCGACGACUGCGAUAAUGGAAUGGAGAACUAUUGCCACAAAUCGCUCCUCACGUACAACUACGAAGACAUCGAUGGAACCAUCACCAAAGGAGGCUUCUCCAACAAAAUGGUUGUCCACUCAAGGUAUGCUUUCCAAAUUCCGGACAAGCUCUCGUCCAGCGAUGCCGCUCCACUAUUGUGUGCUGGGAUCACGGUCUAUAGCCCAAUGAAACGCUAUGGUAUGAUCUCCCAGACAGGGAAACACCUGGGAGUGAUCGGGCUGGGUGGUUUGGGUCAUAUGGCCGUCAAGUUUGGCAAAGCUUUCGGCCACAAGGUGACGGUGCUCAGCACAUCGCCGGGCAAGAAAGAGGACGCUCUCACUCUCCUUGGGGCUGACGAGUUUCUCGUCACAAAAGAUCCACAGGCGUUGCAUGCCGCAGAAAAAUCCAUAGAUUGGAUCAUCGACACAGCGGCAGGGAAACACGAUCUAAACUUGUAUCUCCCGCUUCUAAAGACGGGAGGGCACUUAGUCAUGGUGGGCGUUCCACCGAGUCAUGAAUUUGCUCCACACUUGAUGUUGCCCAUGAGAUCGAUCUCCGGGAGCUCAACCGGCGGAUGCAAAGAGAUCGAAGAGAUGCUCCAAUUUUGUGCCGAUAAGCAAAUCCUCCCCAACAUCGAGAUAGUUCCCAUCGACUACGCAAACACUGCCAUACAAAGGAUGAUCAAAAGCGACGUUAAGUUUCGUUUCGUCAUAGACAUCGCAAGCUCUUUAAAGUAAGCGUUUAAUCAAUAAUGAUUAAUGAUUAAUAAGUUAAACCAAUACAUCGCCUUUUUGCAUCA